UACCUCUCCGUCUCAUUUUAUCUGGUCCAGUAACUAGACAGACCGUUUUUCCCCACACCUUGAAGACCUGCAAAUAGAGCUGAAUGUCACACCAAAACGUCUCCAGCAGGAUGUCCAGACACGAUGGAGCAGUACAAAGUACAUGAUUGAUAGCCUCAUUCAUCAAAAACGGCCACUGCAUGCCUACUCAUCUGAAGAAAACCACACCCUGCCAGCCAUUCUAACAGCAAACCAGUAGGGGCUGUUAGAGAAGACCUCAAAGGUUCUGACCCCCUUUGAAUAGCUAACAACUCUAGUCAGUGCCCCCUCUGCUACCACAGCCGAUGUCAUCCCCUCUGUCCAUGCACUGGUACGGUUUCUCAGUAAGGAGAGUGAAGAUGAUCAUGGGAUCCUAACUAUGAAAGCCACCCUUCUGGAUGCAGUCCAGACGUUUCAGGCAUGUGGAAUCCGAGCCCCUCUACACCGUGGCAACACUGCUGGAUCCACGUUAUAAAGACAAGUACUUUACAAACCCGGAAAACCUGGGACAUGCAAAAGCAGCGUUAAAGGCAGCGGUAUGUAAAGUAGAAGAAGAGCUGAAGACCACGCCUCCACCUGAUGUGACCGAGCCAGUGGACAAGACUCCAUGGAUGGCGGGUGCAAGCAGCAGCCUUGGCAGCAUCUUUGACGAAAUACAGGAGGAGAGCAGAACAGCAGCAGGUCCGUCUGACCAGAUCACCACAGGGGCAAUCUGUGAAAUGGAGAGCUACUUCUGUGAGGCUCCGAUUGAACGGAAGAGCAACUCUUUACACUACUGGAGCCUAAACCAAGCUCGACUCCCCACCAUGGCAGCAACAGCAGCUAAAUUCCUCUGUGCUCCCUGCACGAGUGUGGAGAGUGAAAGGCUCUUCAGCACAGCGUCAAUUAUCAUUGAGGAGCACAGGAGCAGGCUGACAGCACAGCAUGCUGAAAUGCUUAUCUUCUUAAAAAAAAAUCUCCACAUUAUGCUCGGACUGCAGAAAGUGGAGAAGGAGGAGGAGGAGGAGGAGUAA